AUGGACCCGAUUUGGUCGAAGUUAGAGCCGGCAGUUCUCGACGAAGACUUCAUUAAGUAUUCAAAAGUCAAAAAGAAAGGUUACGUCCGAUUCGUAACCAAUUUGGGAAAUAUAAAUCUGGAGUUAUAUUGCGAUCAAACGCCCAAAACGUGCCAUAAUUUCCUCACUCUUUGCAAAACUGAUUAUUACGUGAACAAUAUAUUUCAUCGUUUGAUUAAAAACUUUAUGAUCCAAUCGGGAGACCCGACGGGAACGGGAACCGGAGGCCAGUCUUGCUUUGGGAAGCCAUUUGAUGAUGAAAUAAAGCCUCAAUUUAGUCACGAAGGAAGGGGUGUAUUAAGUAUGGCUAACUCCGGGCCCAACACUAAUAAAUCACAAUUUUUCAUAACAUUCCGCUCGUGUAAGCAUUUGGACAAAAAGCACACCAUUUUUGGUCGAGUGGUCGGAGGUCUCGAAGUUUUGGACAAAAUGGAAAGAAUUAAAACCAAUGAAAAGGACAGACCAUUAGAAGAGAUAAAAAUUAUACGAACGGCUAUUUUCGUGGACCCGUUUCAGGAAAUUGAGGACCAAAUGAAACAACAAAGAGAAGAGUUAGAGAAAGAGGAAAAGGCAACCAAAGACAGAGAGGCCAUGGCUUCCAAGAAAAAGGCAGAACUAAAAACACAUCGAUCAGGAAUCGGUUCUUUCAUCGAUUUAAAGGCUUUAAAAAGAGGUACUGACGAUAACAAUGAAGGAUUAGUGCCUAAAAAGUCGAAACCAUCGACAGUUGGCAAUCCUGGAAGAGGGGGCGGAUUCGGUAACUUUAGUAAUUGGUAA